AUGACUGUUUAUGACCCACGAUCACCACGUUUCCAUCCAUCUCGGUAUUGGAAAUAUACUUGUUCAUCUGUAGGUCUUUUAAAUCUCUUACACGAGCGUGAAAGACGUGGUAAUGGUCACAUUCUGAACGUUGCUUGUCAAAGCCAUGGAAGUCUCGUACGUCGUCUUGAGUGUCAAGUGAUUCUAGAAGGUCAUGAAGGUUGUGUGAAUACAUUACAAUGGAAUCAAAGUGGAAAGUUGCUUGCCUCUGGUUCCGAUGAUCGGAAGGUGCUGAUUUGGAGCUAUGAGCAACAGAAACAACUUCAGGAGAUUCCAACAGGCCACCAGCUUAAUAUAUUUGGUGUUUGUUUCGUUCCGGGCACAGAUGAUCAUGUUAUAGCUACGGGAGCAAUGGACCAUGAUGUUCGAAUCCAUUAUGCUCCUUUUCGUGAAGGUUCGUCCAAGAUUUAUCGAAUUCAUCGAGGUCGAGUGAAAGAUAUUGGUAGUUCAUGGGCCGUGCCCAAGAUUUUUUGGACUGCAGGAGAAGAUGGACUAGUGUAUCAAUUUGAUCUUCGAGCUUUGCCAAAGACUAAUGGAAGGUGUGAGAUUCCUGAUACGUCGGGGGCGUUAAUUAAUCUGGGAAGGGACAGGAACGGGAAUGUGCUCAAAGCAAUGAAAAUGACAGUGCAUCCAUUUGACCCGACCAAGGUCGCACUUGCCUGUGGGGACUUUUAUACGAGAUUAUAUGAUCGGCGUAUGCUGGGAGUACAGCAGUAUGCUAGAACUACUGGAGCUACAAGUCCCGUAGAGAUUUUUGCGCCACCACAUUUACAUUUGGAUGCGUUUUGUGACAACAAAACAAAGAGAUUUCAUGACAAAUGCCAUGGAACGAGUAUUCAGUUCAGUAGUGAUGGUUCGGAACUCCUUGCAAAUUAUCACAGUGAUCACAUUUACCUGUUUCAAGUGGGCUCGGGCAAGACGGUAGUAUUUAACAAGGAUAAUAAGAGUAAACCUGUGAUUCAAUCGUUGGCGUGGCUAAAUGGAGCGCAUAUGGAUGAGCCGAGAUUGCCACCGGAAAUACAUUUGGAAGGCGUGCAAAUGCUGCAUGAUCGAGGAAAGGAAGCACUUGAGAAGAGUGAGUAUACGCGCGCGCUGAAGUCUCUGACUGUGGCUUGUGCUGCUCGUGGAGUGACAGAAAUGGCCGUGGCACGACGCAAAGAUCUUUAUCAUGACUGCGCUAAAGCUUAUCUAGAAAGACGGUGGAACGCAGAUAGCUAUUUGGCUGCUGUACAAUGCAAAAAGGCACUGGAACUCGACCCGAAUGAUCGAGAGGUUGAAUUGACGUAUAUCAAAGCACUGAGUGCAGGACGCCGACAGCCACAAGCAAAGUGGCAGUCUCGGCGAUACAAGGAAAAGUAUCCAGAUCACGAGGCAGACGUUGCUGCGCUCUUGAACGGUAGUGCAUCGGCUUCAGGCCGCGGCCGAACAGCCCAGCGUGCCUUCCACACGGAUCGGUCAUCGGAUGAAGACGAGUCCGAUGACAGCGAUGAGGAAGUCCAUCAUGAUAGUCAGAAUAAUGACCGAGAAGACGGCUUACCUGACAAUGACGACAACUUUUGGGAGGGUAACUUGGUGAGCAGCAUGCCGGUGAAUUGUGACGUUCUCCGUCGGUACAUCGGGUAUUGUAAUGUGCAAACGGAUAUCAAAGAGGCGUCGUUCUUUGGCAAAAACGAUGCGUACAUCAUAGCAGGGAGCGAUGACGGACGUGCGCUGGUGUGGGAUAAGGCAACUGGAGAAAUGGUGAAUGCAAUUAAAGCAGACGCAGACAUUGUGAAUUGUGUUCAGCCCCAUCCUUUUGACGCGUGUGUGGCGACAAGUGGUAUCGAAAAUGUAAUUCGUCUCUGGAGUCCGACAAGUGCCGAGGAGAAUACUCCGACGAAAUCAGAAUUAGAAGACAUUGUGACGAGAAAUCAGAGUCAAAUGGAUGACAUGACAGUUUCGUUUACAGGAGCACUUCACAACAUGGUUCGCCUUGUUUUCCAGUCAGGUGGAGAUCAUCAGGCCAUUCAAGAGUGUGCGACCAGUUAA